AUUCUGCCCCACUGAGGACUUUUUGGGAUGAAUCGUUUGAAAUUGAGUUGACUCAAUCGCCGGAUUUCACAUGAAUGGAUUUUCUGAGAUUUCAUUAGAGUAUUUUCUGAAGAUGCAGAGCAGAGCAAACAAGUAAAAGGAAAAGACGAAGAGAAUGCUGAAAUUCAUAUUUUCAUUCAAAGAUGGAUUUUUGUUCAUCAGAGCAAAGAAAAAAAAGAGGUCUGGCGAUAGUUAUCAUCUCUGGUAGAUCUUUGGAAUCUGGAUAGUGGAUAGCAGUUCUUUUGGUGGAGAAAGUGCAGAGCCAGCUCUGUAAUUGAUAUGUACUGCUUCGUUUUCAUGGAAUAUAAUAACAACUUGCCAAUCACUCUCAAUGAUGAUAUGAGAUGCUUGUAAGCCUUGUAUUACUUCGGCAACUCCCUUGAUGGUCAUAGUUUUCAGGUACACAAGAUCUAGUUAAUAAUCACAAGCUAUGGUAGCAUCAGCAGAACCGUCUUCAGGUCUCUGUUGCAGAAUUGACAUUCGUAAAGAAACAAAUUUAGGAAUACCUUACAAGGACUUAUUUCUUGUAUGGAUUGUGGCAUUCACCACUUUUCUUCCAGUAUCAUCUCUGUUCCCCUACCUAUACUUUCUGGUGCGGGACUUCAAUAUCGCAAAAAGGCAGGAAGAUAUUGGAUACUAUGCAGGAUGUAUAGGAUGUGUUUACAUGAUUGGAAGAGCUUUAACAUCUGUGGUGUGGGGAAUCUUAGCGGACCGAUACGGUCGAAAACCUAUUAUAAUCCUGUGCUCUACUUCUGUGAUUAUAUUCAAUGCUCUAUUCGGUCUCAGUAGAAACUUUCUAAUGGCAGUUUCUAUGAGAUUUCUUCUGGGAUGUUUCAGUGGUAUAUUUGGACCAGUUCAGGCUUAUGCUGUCGAAGUUUGCCGAGAAGAAUAUCGGACUUUGGCACUUUCAGUAACGAGUUCGGCGUGGGCAAUAGGUUUGAUAGUUGGACCUGUUGUUGGAGGUUUACUUGCACAGUCUGCAGAGAAAUAUCCAAACUUAUUUACGAAGGAUUCUGUUUUUGGAAGAUUUCCAUAUUUCCUACCUAGCCUUUCUAUAUCAGUAUGUGCAACAGCAGCAACUAUAGCUUGUUGUUGGCUUCUGGAAACAUUGCACAAACAUAAUGAUACAGAAUCGUGCGAGACUGGUAUGAGUGGAAAGAUACAAAAGGAGGAGGAGACGGAGACAGGAUUGUCAAAUUCUAAGGAAAGUCUUUUUACAAAUUGGCCGUUAAUCUCAAGUAUCAUCGUAAUGUGUGUUUUCUCACUUCACAAUAUGGCCUACGUUGAGAUUUUCUCGUUAUGGGCUGUAAGUCCAAGAAAAUUUGGUGGAUUGAGCUAUACCACCAAGGAUGUUGGCCAAAUCCUUUCAGUCGCAGGCAUUGGCCUCUUUUCGUUUCAACUUGUACUUUAUCCGAAGCUCGAGAGGAUUCUUGGACCCCUCAAGUUAGCUCGCAUUGCAGCGGCUUUAUCUAUCAUGUUGCUGUCAACUUACCCAUUCAUAGCUACACUAUCUGGGUUUAGCCUUUAUAUUUUAAUAAAUACUGCUGCACUUUUGAAGAGCGUUUUCGCUAUGACUACUUUCACUGGGUUUGUCAUCCUACAGAACAAUACAGUGUCCCAACACCAAAGAGGAGCUGCAAAUGGAAUUACGUCGACUUUAUCAUCUAUUUUUCAAGCAUUUGGUCCAGCUGGUGGUGGUGCUCUCUUCUCAAUGGCGCAAAAGCGUAUAAAUGCUUCGUUCCUGCCAGGAACCGAUUUGGUUUUCUUCAUCCUAAAUAUAAUCUUGGUGAUUGGAUUAGCCAUGUCUUUCAAGCCAUUUCUUGCACUUCCUCAACGAUGUGGAUGAACAUAUCGAUAUCAGCUUCAACAAUAAAACAACAUCCUGGAUGAAAAAGUUUACCUGAGUAUUGACAUCAGUUGAUUAAUGGAUAUUUUUUAGGCAUUUUCCUCCUUUCCAGUUUUAGGACUUGAUAUUUCCCUUGGCAUUGUUAAUAUAAAGUUUACCAAAUUCUGUUAGUUAUAUUUUGAUUUUGGGUAAUCUGUUGAUGUACGAUGCUUAUGGUCAGGUGUAGAUAGCACCAGUAGUUUGACACCUCUCCACAGGCGUCUUUAUUCACGCAGACCCUGUAAGGUCUACUUUCAGAUGUCUUCUCCGUGCAACUGAUCUGUAUGGAUUUGAA